UAGCAACUCGCGCUGAACGAGGCCCGUUCUCUGCCGCCUCCUCGCUCGCUCGCGGCCGCGGAGCUCUCACCUGGACUCUCGGCCCCGCCGUCAGUCAGGAGCGCCUUGUGCCGGGCUGGUUGUUUCCUCCCGCUGGCACCUCUGGGCAGGCGUUUUCCAGAUUGAGUGGUAAAACUGAAAGUGGAAUUUGCAAACCAGCCUGUAUUGAAGUGUACGGAGUUGCCGCCGAUUUUCAUGUGCUCACCUUGACUGUAAGGAAGCUUGAGGAAGGCGCGUGUAACUGCUACUGAAGGACGAUUUAAAGGAGGUCUGAUGACAACAAAAGCAGACUUCCCUGUGACAGCAGGAUCUGUAGUUGUCCCUUACGGACAUGUGAUUGGAAAUGAGAAGUGGAGAGGAUCAGAGGUAGCCCAAAGGCUAAAAGGGAAAGUUACACUCAUCUUCGAAGAUGGAUUGGGACUAGUGGACUUUCAUCUUUCAAACAGAGCUUGCAUUUUAUUUAUUUCUGAAGCAGAUUUGGUUGCAGGGAAUGAAUUCAAACGAAGAUUGGUUAAGUUAAGAAAUGCCAGCAGUCUUAGAGGAAUUGUAAUUGUAGAGAAAACCCCAAUCAGUGAUCAGUACUUCUUAGGAGUACAAAAACUUGUUGUACUUGAACUUGGAAUGGUGUUGCUUCCUGUGGCAAAUCAAGGAGAAGCUUCUCAACUUAUUAUACAMCUGGUGCGGGAGCAGAGCAGGGAUCGCGGUGCCAACCCCUUCCUUCACAAGCAUCGUGCUCAGCUGGCAGAACCAUCAGUGCUCCACACAACGCAGCACAUUCCUGGAGUUGGGAAAACAAAAGCUCUGCUUUUACUACAAAGGUUUGGAAGCAUCCAUCGGCUUUGUAAUGCAUCCAUCAACGAGCUUGAGCAAGUAGUUGGACAAACAGUAGCACAACAAAUUUAUACCUUUUUACAUUCCUGACGUGCAGUGUAUUUUGCAAAACAAAGACUUGGGGUUUUUCUUUUCAAUUAUAAAAUUUUGGUUUUAAUAAUCACAUAUCAUACUAAUAUCUGUAAUCAUGGGUAGCAGCAACUGGUGGGUGUUGACUGAUUCUUUAGACUCUGAUGCUUCUUUUUUACAUCUGCUCUGUUCAUAUAGAUUAAGCUGUGAAAAGUGCCUUGGAAAGUAUUUUGCAUCUAUCUGGAAUAUAAAAACCAAGAAAGCCUUCUUUUUCAGUAUCUCUGGGAAAAAAUGGAAGAGCAAUAUGCUUGGUUACUUUGGUCUUCCAGAAAAAAAAAACCUUAUGAAUAUAUACAUAGCAUUUCCUUCUCAGUAACUGGAAAUAUGUUGCAUGUUUUUAAAAAGUUAGCAUACGUUGCUUUAUAGCAACAUCUUUUUCGAGUUAUAUAUAUAAUUUUAUAAAUUCCAUAAAUUAAGAGUCCAUAAAUCUCUUCUGUAUGGAAUAUAUUAUGACAGGGGUGUGCAGAUCAGGUUACUGCUUGUGUGUGAAAAAAAAGCACUACUACCAAUACACAUAAAACUAAGGAUAUGCAAGUAAUUUGAAACUUAUUUUUUAUGUAACCUUUAUUAGGAAACUAGAAAUAUGAAUAUACCUUCUUUGUAAGAAAGUCAGUUUUAAACUUUUAGUUUAUAUUGCACAAUACAGGAACUUUUCUUAAAUGUUUCUUAGAUCUCUGUAUGGCAACAGUAAAUAGCAAAAAACAGUAAAUUAUGCUUUAUUAAAGUUGUAGUAGAAUCAAAAAGCUACUAUUAAAUGSCAGCAUCUGAUUUUUAUUCUUAAAUAAGGUUCAUCAUGAUAUGUA